CAUUACUGGAUUUCACUUUAUUUUCAUAUAUAAUUUUCACAGCUAAUCGACAGAGUAGUUAGUGCAUGUUUUGAUUUCACUUUUUUGUACGAGCAAACUGAUUUGGAUAUCUGAGUCUCCUGAGUAUGAGUUCUAAUUUGAACGUGAGAUUUAGAGUUUUUUUUCCAAAGAUUUAUUUUAGUUCUAUUCAUUUUGACGUGAAUGUAUCCAGAUCCGCCGUGGAUCUAGAUAGUGCAGCAGAGGACUCCAGGUUGUCUCCCAUACACUUAAACGGUCAAGUUAGUUAGUUCUGUUGAAAUGGUUGAGUAGGAUCCAGCGUCAUUUCCAGAUCAUCGUUUGAUCUCGAUCUCACGUGCUUGAAGACUGAUUGGUGAUUAUUUAAUUCAAUAACAAGGCAAAGCAGCAUGGCACAAACAACAUUGAUAGGUCGAACUAGAAGUGAAGUAACGGUGUUAGGCGCGACAGAGACACUUGGUUCUCAAGGGCAACUUCUGCAGAAGUUGUAUGCUGAGUUGGAUGAAGAAAGGGAAGCAUCAGCCACAGCAGCCAUAGAAGCAAUGGAUAUGAUACUGCGUCUACAGGGAGAGAAGGCUAUGGUGGAGAUGGAGGCGAGUCAGUUCAAGAGAAUGACAGAAGAGAUGAUAGACCACGCCGAAGCAACCUUUGAAGCUUACGAACAACUUAUGUAUGACAAGGAGAUGGAAACUGCAUCUCUCAAGUUUCAAUUGCAGGCUUACAAAAACAAACUUGUGAGCUUAGGAUGUGAUCUCAAUGCAAGUGAGUUUCAGUACGUGCACCCAAAUACAAGUGACCAAAGUAGCAUUAAGGUUAUGAGAAGGCUAAAGUCAUUUCCCUCAACUCCGAUUAAAAAGACCGUGACCCUCAGUGAGAGUAAUGCUCACAAAACUGAAAGUCCAGCGCCUGUUUCAACUGACCAGGAACCUAGCUUGGUGUGCGCAAGUGGAACUAUUAAUUCAUACUGGAACAAGAUAAAAAUGCUGCAUGCACAAGCGGGACUGAUUUCAGAUUGUAAUAACAUAGGAGAAAACUUGAAAAGUAGAGGAGGGAGGUCAUGUUCAACACUGUCAAAAGUCUGUGAGUGUGGCCAAACACAUAGAAUGAACUCUGCCAAUUCUACUGAAGUAGUAAAUCGUUGUCAACUUGCACACGACAGUAAAACACUCACCAGUCGUCCUUGUUCGACUAAUGCGCACGAUUUAUUUCAAGUCCCAGAAGCCACAGUAAAGCAUGAGGUCAGAAGAAGGCAUGAGAAAUGGAAUUCUUUGGCAGAUAUUAUACUAACUAAACCAAAAUCUGUUUCUGAGGGAAUGAUUGAAUCGCCUUUUAAACAUGAUGCAGACAAGCAAAAGGGCACAGUGACAAUUGUUGGCCAGCAGAAAGAAAGGAUGGGUGUGGAUUGUAAUUCUCAAGCUGAAAUUCAUCAAAAAAUUGCAAGGCUUCAGAGGCAGAAAACCAGUAGAAGGUAUCAGGAGGUUACCUCUGGAUUUGAAUUAGGGGAUAAUGAAGAGCAGUUGCGGCUUUUGAGGGAAAUAAAAAGUGAACUGAAACUAAUACAGUCAGAGAUGAGAAGCUUGAAAACCAAAAAUAACACCCCUGUGGAUGAUGCUGUGGCUUUCGGUUUUCUCCAAGAGGUAAUGUGGUGGUUGAGAAACAGAACAUAAAUUCCCAUUGAUCACAUGCAUGAUUUUUUUAUAGAAAAUACAAGGAACUAAUGAUUAACUAAUUAUAUGAACAGGCAAUGGUGCACUUUUGGAUUUGAUCAAAUAACUGCUUAAUGACCACCUCAGGCGACCGAUCAACUCAGUGCACUGCAUCAUAUGCUUUCUCUACCCACAGAUUUAUGUUGUGAUUUGAAUUUUAUAAUUGAAAAAUGUAUACAUUUCCAUACAGACAUGUUUUACAUUAGGCUCUCUAUGUAGGCAAUUUGAAUGUCUUGUAGUUAUAAAUUAAUAAAGUUUCAUGUUUUCCUUGUUUGAAAUGGACUCAAAUAAUUGAGUGCCUUCAACUCCAGGAUUUUUCUGUGUACUUAGAGAAAUGUUUAUGGGAUUUCUCAACCUAGUUUCAUUGCUUCUUUAGCUAAUUCUCAACAAAAGUAUUAGAUUGUGACAGAACAGUUACUCAAAUUUCUUCUUCAGCAUAAUUUUGUCAAGCAUAUAAAUUAUCCGAACAACGAUCUACAUGUCAAAUGUCAUUUGAGUUCAUGGCAAGAUUAGUCACGCAGUCGGAAGCCCUAAAGGAAUAGCAAGCGCAAACCUAUAGAUAAGCUCUGGAGUUCACCAGGAAUAAAGAAAACUUUGGAUUCUAUUAUAAUGAAAGAUAAUCCUUAUGGCCAUGCCAAAGAUCUUUAAAUACAGGAAACAAAAGAAAUCCUAAUGGGCCUUAUGGGCUUUUAAUCCAAAACAGAAAUUUAAUAAAACAAAUAAUAAAAAAGAAAUUGC